CCCAUCGUAUGUAAUGGUAGGUUUUCGUCGGCGCUCGCUAUUUAAUCCGCGUCGUCGCCGUCGCCGGCCGAGCACGAGCUGCUGAGACAUUGCGCGCGCGCACGCGAGUGGUGGCGUCCGGUAACGUCGAACGGAGCGCAAAACGGAAACCACCCCCUCUGUUCCCUGCUACUUCUUACCAUCACCAGGAGGAACCGCGCGACCAACUCUCUGCUCUCUGGGGGGGUAAAAAGUCGUUUGUUUUGCCUCCCGGGUUUUUUUUUUUGUUAAUACGCGCGUGCGGCGGUGGUCUCGCGCUAAAUUCAAACGUGGGCGCGCGCAGCGAGCGUCUGAUGCUGACAUUGCGGACGUCCUUUCGUUUUUUCCAAAAGAGAGAGAGAGAGAGAGAGAGAUUCGUGUCCGUCUGUUCCGGUUGGAGUUUUCCGGUAACGGAGACUGACCCCGCUGAACCCGACCUCCGUACCUGGAAAGGGCGUGUGAGCUGUUGGGAAACUAGGAAGUAACCAAGACUAGCCGGAGGUGCCUGUUCCUGAAGAUGCUCCCUAGUAUAUUUUAGUGCCAGGUCUCACACACACACACACACACACACACACACACACACACACUCCACCAUGGCGUCACCACUGCACCGGACUUUAUGGAUGAACGCAAUGCAGAUAAUGGUGAUGAUGAUAAUGUCCACGGUCCCGGUGCUUGCGAGCUCCCCUCAGCAAUCCCACGAGAACCCGAGCAGCAAUCAUAAACCCACAGGACAUGGAGGAUCUCCAGCCAACUUCACCAAGAAAGCCUUUCCUGUGUUGGAUUUCGAUUACGAACAUGUCCAGCAUCCGUUCAUCAUCAUCCUGUGGAUCCUGCUGGCUUCCCUGAUGAAACUAGGGUUUCACUUGAUCCCGCGCUUGUCCUCGAUAGUUCCAGAGAGCUGUCUGCUGAUUUCGGUGGGUUUGCUAAUCGGUGGCCUCAUCAGACUCCUGGGAGAGACCCCCCCUGUCCUCAAUUCCCAGCUCUUCUUCCUCUGUCUUCUUCCUCCGAUCAUCUUGGAUGCCGGCUACUUCUUACCCAUAAGGCCCUUCACGGAGAACCUGGGCACCAUCCUCAUGUUUGCCGUGGUGGGCACGCUGUGGAACUCCUUCUUCAUUGGCAGCCUACUGUUUGGCGUGUGUCAGAUCGAGGGCACGAACUUGGGCACGGUGACUCUGCUGCCCUGCCUGCUGUUCGGCGCCAUUAUCUCCGCCGUGGAUCCCGUGGCCGUCCUGGCAGUGUUUGAGGAGAUCCACAUCAACGAGCUGCUGCACAUCCUCGUGUUCGGAGAGUCGCUGCUUAACGACGCCGUCACAGUGGUUCUCUACCACCUGUUCGAGGAGUACUCGGGUGUCGGAAGCGUGACUAUAGGAGACGUCUUCUUGGGCAUUGUGUCGUUCUUGGUGGUAUCGCUGGGCGGCAUAUUGGUCGGAGCCAUCUACGGCAUCCUGACGGCCUUCACCUCGCGCUUUACCUCGCACACGCGCGUCAUCGAGCCACUCUUCAUCUUCGUCUACAGCUAUCUGGCGUACCUGUCAGCUGAGGUGUUCCACCUGUCCGGCAUCAUGGCACUGAUCGCGUGUGGUGCUGUAAUGCGACCCUACGUGGAGGCCAACAUAUCCCACAAGUCGCACACCACCAUCAAGUACUUCCUUAAGAUGUGGAGCAGCGUGAGCGAGACGCUCAUUUUCAUCUUUCUCGGGGUGUCCACGGUGGCCGGGAAUCACAGGUGGAACUGGACGUUCAUCACAGUGACCGUUAUCCUGUGCAUGGUGGCUCGUGUACUCGGUGUCAUCGGUUUGACGUUCGUGAUCAACAAAUUCCGCAUAGUAAAGCUCACCACCAAGGACCAGUUCAUCAUAGCGUAUGGCGGGCUGCGAGGAGCAAUCGCGUUCUCCCUGGUCUACCUGCUCGACGAGGAGCUCUUCCCAAUGAGAAACAUGUUUGUCACAGCGGUCAUCACAGUCAUCUUCUUCACUGUCUUUGUGCAGGGGAUGACCAUUCGUCCCCUGGUGGACCUGCUGGCUGUUAAGAAGAAGCAGGAAACCAAGAGAUCCAUCAACGAGGAGAUUCACACCCAGUUUUUGGACCACCUGCUGACCGGUAUCGAGGACGUCUGCGGGCAUUACGGACAUCAUCACUGGAAGGACAAGCUGAACCGCUUCAACAAGAAAUACGUGAAGAGAUGCCUAAUAUCUGGCGAGCGCUCCAGAGAGCCCCAGCUCAUCGCCUUCUAUCACAAGAUGGAAAUGAAGCAGGCCAUCGAGCUGGUGGAGAGCGGAGGAGGGGCUAAACUGCCGUCCGCCAUGCCGUCGACCGUGUCCAUGCAAAACAUCCAGCCCAAGAAACCACCCGAGAGAAUGCUGCCUCAGUUGUCGAAGGGCCAGGAGGAGGAGAUCCAGAAGAUUCUACGCAACAACCUGCAGAGGACACGGCAGAGAUUGCAGUCUUAUAACAGACACACUCUGGUGGCUGACCCGUUCGAGGACGGCUUUAAGGAGCUCGUCAUCAAGAGGAAGCGGAUGAAGGAUUUAGAGAAGAAGCUUUCUAUGAUGAAUAAUUACCUCACCGUUCCAGCUGCAACUCCAGAUUCUCCCACCAUCGCCAGAGCAAGACUGUCUUCUGACCCUCAAGCAUGGAGCACGAAGCAAACGGUAAACAACAAAGACAUCCCAGCUAUUAAAGUGGACCUGGCUUCACCUCAAAGCCCGGAUUCAGUCGACGUGUUGGACGAGUUUGAGAAACAACCGGGGCCGGACUCGGGCGAGGAAGAAGAGGGGCUCGUGAUGCGUCGGAAAAAGGACAACAAGACCCAAGAGCGAGGCGAGCAAGAAGACACAAAAGAUCAGCGACUCCCCCGCUGUCUGAGUGACCCCGGCCCUGCCGUCAACGAAGACGACGAGGACGAGCCUUUUCUUCGCUGACGCAUGUGACUGGCAUUCUGCCUGCUUUAUUAAGUCGUGCUAUCUUUCCGAGAGACAGCCGUAAGGGGCGGAGGGGUGAGAUUUAGUUUUAAACAUGACAGUUUUUUUUUUUUGGGUGGGGGUUGUGUUGACAAUUACUGAAGCCAAAAUUCUAAGUGGGGGAAUCAAAGGAACCAAAAACGACACGAAGAAACAGGAAGGUAAAAAAAUACGACAAAAAGCCAUUAUUCCUAACAUUUUCUUUCUUGUCGAAGGAAAGUGAGCGGUUUCUGCAGUGGGCGAGGGGCAGUUGAACUAUGCAUUACCAAAGGUUCACACUGUAGUCCAUGACUAGAGUUUUUCUUUUGCCUUAUUAUUAUUAUUAUUAUUAUUAUUAUUAUUAUUAUUAUAUUAUUAUCAUCAUGAAUGAAUUUAUAGCGUUUGUGACAUGAACUAGUCACCUAGUACAUGAAUCAUAAAGGAGCAAUAUCAUACUAAGAGUAUGCGAUGGCCUUUUUCUCAUCUAAUUCAGUCACCUGGUCCCAAACCCCAGCUCUGAUUUUCGAGUGUUUAUUUGACUUUGUUUGUUGCUUUUCAUGUGUCUCUUUCUAACUCGUUCAUACUACAGCGGGUAGUUUUCAGAGCGUCGGGUUAUAAUAAAGUGUCGCACGAAACCUAGUAAAAGGUAAGUCUAAAAAAAAAAAAAAAAAAUCACGAGCAACUACAGGUUUUGUAAUAGGAAAUACACUGUAAGAACACUGCAAUCCUCACGUUUAUCAUUUAUACAAACCAUAUUCAUGUUAUUCCAGGAGAUUUGACUUGUGAACUGGUUUAUGAAUCUUUAUCUUUAAGCGAUUACAUUGUGAAUUUUUUUUUUUUCUUCUUUUUUCAGGGUUUUUUUGCAAACCCCAAUACCCUUUAAAUGCACUUCGGCGCUUUUGACCAACAGCGUGUCCACAGUAGAUGAGCUGGUUCCCGUGUCUCAAAUUGUUGCUCAUUUAAAAAAAAAAGACUGUGGUCAGAUUUAUGUAUUUCCUUCCCCUUAUACAUCCCUAAAUACUGUACAAGGUUAGGAGUUGUUCUAAACUUUGCAGUGCGUGUAGACGGAUUUCACUCUGGUCCAUUCCAACAAAAGAGAGCAGUCCCGCCGUGUAUCACGGCGAGUAAUUAAAUGAUUUGUUUAAACAAGAUCUGAAAAGCUAUUCUGCAUGCAGAGUAGACUAGAUUUAUUUUAAAAGAUGCAUAUUAAUAAACUCUAUAUUUUCAAAGACAUCCUAAAUAUAUACUAAUCCUAUACAUAUAUACACUAAUGCUUGCUGUUUGUUAUGAAGUAUUACUGUUGUAGUUCGGACACGUUCACGUCAGCCUGUUCAUCAGUCUUGUCCUUUUUGUAUUUUGAUUUUAAGGUUAAUGUACCAAAAAGAAGUCUUUUCUUGUGAAUUGGAGAUUUGAAUGCCUGCCGAUUUGGUGCCGUGACCCGAAACGCAAAGCUGGUCAAGCCUGAUGAAAUUAGCUGUCGCUUUGCUUAUAAAGAUCGGUCACCCGGCAAGUUUUAAAUUCAAGCUUCGCUCACUUGUUUUUUGGCUUUAUUGAUUUUAAAAUGUUACCUGUUUAAAGACUGGAGAAAUGCACACGUCAGAUGUUUAACUUCUUUCUAAAAUGUUCCUUGUCUGAACCUUAAGUUCUGUCACGGGUUCCCAAUUUGUGGUAUGUGGGCUUCUCUCCAUAACAAGGCUAUAAUUGUACGUUUUGAACCGAUCUUAUGUUUAUUCACCUCUCACGUGAUACGCAGGCAGAACCGUAAUGCUGUCACAAUAGUAUAAAAGUCAUGCAAGGUCAUUUUGGUGCAAAUGCACAGCCUGUAGGAUUCCCAAAAGUCAUCUUCUGUUUCUAAUUGUAAUCAUUGGGGGUGUAUUCAUUGUUAAAACCAUGGUUUUGCUCCAGACAAUCCCUGAUUGGUCGACUUUGUCACAUGAGACCCUGCAGAUCUCAUCUUUCAUCUAAUCCAACAACCGAAUCUGCAACGCAUUCGAAUUUCUAGUGUGAGAAAAGUGAAAAUGUCCAUGAGAACUUGACCAAGAUUAUAUCCUUAUUCAUGAUCAUUUUCCGGAAAAAAGGGGCCUUGCUUUUUUUUUUUAUGCUUUUAUAACCAUGUUUUUUGUUAUACAUCUAUCCGUCACAGCGUUUGUAUCUGUUGUGCAUUGUGUAGAUUUGGACUUCCGUAUGAGUUCAUUGUUCUUCUGAAUCAGGAAUGGACCUGGACACCAGGUGAAGGACGAUGAGACCACACCGUGCAUGCAUGCCUGAUCCUCGGCUAGAUAAUCCGGUGUGGUGAUUGUGGCCGAUCUCUUCUGCAUCAACAAAUCCUUGUUGGUUUUGUAGAAAAUACCGCUUUGAUAUUCUUCGACACACUUGUGUAUAUUUUAACGAUUUGUGUCCCUAAUUACGCAGAAGCCAUGUAACGUGGCUGCACAAAAUUGAACAAUAAUUUCGCUUCCCAAAAAAUCUCUUUCGAAUCCGAUAUAUAACACAAUGUGAUCACGCCAUGAGGAGGAUCUGAUCUAGCAGAGCUGUGAGACGUUCAGCAGGAGGACAAACAGCUCCAAUCUUCACACCAUAAGUGACUCAUCUUUCCUGCUUUGAUCGCUAUUAGCCAAAAAAUUCCUCAUAUCGGGUUUUGUUUUUUUUCCUUAUAAGCUGAUUCAGGGUUCUAGAGUAAGACUGGACUUUACUGUAACUAACUGUACACAUAGAAAAUUGGUUGGAUAACUCUGGCUCUUUUAAUGAAAAUCAUUUUAAUGAAUGAUUAUUAGACGUACGCUAUAUGGACAAAGCGUUGGGGACACUUAACCAGUCCCCAUUUGCUGUUAUAAAUAACCUCCACUCUUCAGCCACAAGGGGGUGAGUAAAGUCGGGUAGUGAUGAAGGUGAGGGUGAAGGAGUCCUGCGAUGUGUGAUUUACAAUUCAUUCCAAUAGGGUUGAGACUCAGAGCUCUAUAGAAGUUCAACCUCCAAGGCAUAUCUUCAUGGAGCUGUCGGAUCCAAAGGACAGAAAGAGUCACAUGCCUGAAAAAUUCAGGUGUCCCACUACUUUUGUUCAUGUAGCACAGGCAAUUUGACCAGAAUACCAAGACCAUACCAUUUAAUAACAUUCCUGUUCAACACAGCAAUAACCCCGGAUGGGAUGAGUUCUCUCUCAUACAUAGUGUUUUGUUUUUGUUUUAAUAACAGGAAUUGACGGGCGUCAUUUUCAUCAGGAAAGAAAAAUGUAUCUUCUUGCUGUGUCCCGUUUAAAUAGGCAUGUGCUGAUAUUGUUACUACAAAUGUCUAGGGUUUUGUCAGUCUUCAAUUCACGGCAGCCAUUUUGGUUUUCAGACCAAUUUCCAGUUGUGGUUGAUGCUGCAUUGAAAAGGGGAAAAAAAGAGACACUUAAAGGAUUACAUUAUCAGGAAUUCCUCAGCACAUGUCUAAUUCAAAUCUCACAGCAGGGUGUUUUUUUUUUUAAUUAUUAUUAUAAAUAUUUUCAUGUCUUUUUUAGCUUCGGUGUGUGGAACCUUUAAUAAGGGAAAGACAAAAUAAUUGCGUUUUUUGUUUGUUUUUUUGAGCAUGUAGGAUGUUCACAAGGGAUGUUGAUUUAUUCGUUUUUCACACAUUCCCACGUUUUUUUUCUUUGUUUUUUUUCUUCAUGGUGUGAUGUUCAAACCUGUCCAUCACAAAUCACAUAUCGCCUGUUUCUUCGUCUAUUAUUGUAACAUCUUUUUAUUUUAAAAUGACAACGAUGUUGAAGAUUGAUGCAAUAAAAAAAAAAUAUUUUAUAUACAGCCGAAAAUGUACAUAUGUUAUAAAAAUGCUAUAUGUCAGUUUAUUUAAAAGGACAACAGAAACACUAUGGACACGUCCUCUGUGAUGCAGAGUAACAUCGCUUUCAGACUCUUCUUUCUGAACGAGUAUCGGAACAGCUGUGAUCCAAUGCAAACGAUGAAACAAUAAAGUUUUCGUGAAAUAAACGGAAAUUGGAUCGAU